AUGUCAGGAAGAGGCAAAGGCGGUAAAGGGCUCGGCAAAGGAGGUGCUAAGCGUCAUCGCAAGGUUUUGCGUGAUAACAUCCAGGGAAUCACCAAACCCGCCAUCCGGCGUCUCGCUCGUCGUGGUGGUGUCAAGCGUAUCUCCGGCCUGAUCUAUGAGGAGACCCGCGGUGUGUUGAAGGUGUUUUUGGAGAACGUUAUUCGUGACGCCGUCACCUACACUGAACACGCCAAGAGAAAGACCGUCACCGCCAUGGAUGUCGUCUAUGCUCUGAAGCGUCAGGGUCGCACUCUAUACGGUUUUGGAGGUUAAACGCCUGAAAUUCUACUCAAACCCAAACGGCUCUUUUAAGAGCCACCCACAUUAUCACAUUAAGAGACGAAAUGUACUGCCCUCCGGCCGCAGGUUAUAGAACUCUGACAUGGUGAAGGCCUCGUUUCAAGAAGAGCUUUGUACCAUCGGCGAUCUCAAUCCUCAAUAAGUUACAAAGCUGAACAUUCACCAUCUUGUGUAUUGUUGUUGUUUUUGUGUAUAUAUGUUUGUACUAGC